ACCGCGGGGAGAGAGUGGAGGAUCUGGAGCUCUGUGCGUGGUAGUAAUGCGGGAAUGGACUGCAAAUUUGAUAGAAGAAAUGGAAGAGGGAUCCAAGAAGGGACAGUUUGAGUGUGAAAACAUGACUGUCAUCAAACACAACAACACCAACGAAACCUCUAACAACAACUGCAGUAACACGCUUAUUCACGGCAAUCAAUGCACUCCUCAUGAAGAAGAAUCGAGACCUUCAUCUGAUGGAAAAACGGAAAGGAACAUUUUGUGCUAUGUCGACGAUCCUGAAUCUUGCGCUGAGUCUGAAGUGAAAAAUGUAUGCCUACAGGACAAAAUUAGAGAGUCUGAAUUAGAUAGUGUUUGUGUGGCGCAUUUAAACCCAUCAGAAGAUCAAGAGAACAGAAAUGGCUCCACACAUACAAGAACAGACCAUAGAGGUGACGAGCGUGAUGAUGUAGGGUGUCCGGAGACCGAUGCUUUAGCCAGUGCCUCUGGCAGUCCUAAGGAUUGUGAAUCAAAUGGAGUGCCUCAGCACAGUGUAGAUGAUGAGGAAAUAUUCAGGAGAGCGAGAGAGGAAGGGCGAGUGAAUGUCAUCUUCCCCGGACGCAUCACCCAGGAUGGUUGCUGUAGAUUUGUUGGCGAGCUUCUGAAAUGUGUCCUUUACCAGCGCCAACAGAUGCCCAUGACAUACGACCAAAUGGUGUUCCUUCAGAAACAGCAGCAUAAUGCCUCUCAGGACAUUAUAAAGCAGCGGUCUGCAAAGACGUCAGGGGGUUUGGAUUGGCGUCGAUGCCAAAAGAUGUUGCAGGAACUGGAUGAUGUGUUGGCCCACCUUGAGGCUCUGUUCUCUCUUAGUCGAGUUCCCCGUGUGCUUUUCCUGCUGGGUGGAUCCACUGUCCUUCCUACAGAGCUGUAUGAGGUCAACAUGGAAGCGGUGGCCGUCGGGGCCGGGGAAAACAGCUUAAGGACUUCAACCUGUCUAAGGCAGAUUUUCCGCACGCUGUUUGUGGCUGACCUGCUGUCGGAUGCCAAGUCUGUGCGUCUUAUGACCACCACGGUCUUGGCUCUGGGUCACCGGGAUUGUGGCGUGACGGGGUUUAAACCAAGAGUGGAUUUUAAAGUUCCCACAAAAGUAAAAAGGCAAGUCAUCUCUAUAGCCAGUGAUUUGUCUCUCGCCGCUGAGCUGCCAAAAACAGACCUGGAGGAUUAUAUAUGGUUUCAGGCCCCUGUCACUGUUAAAGGCUUCUGUAAAUGA